AUGAGAUUAAAGAAAACUCAACAAGAUGAUACUCAAUCAAAUGAUAAUACAUCAUCAUCAUCAGUUGGAGGAGGAAGUGUUCAACAAGUUGAUUUUAGAUCUGCAUUGAAAAAGAAGGAAUCUACAAGUAAUUUAAAUACUUCUGCUACUUCACCAAAUACUAUUAAUACUAUUAAUACUAAUACAAGUAAUACAAGUAAUAGUGUUAAUACUCCUUCAAGUGGUCAAAUUGAUUUUAGAUCUAAUUUAAAAAAGAAAGAUCAACCAUCUUCUUCUUCUACCACUCAACCAUCUUCAAUUGAUACUACUAAGAGUAAUAAUAAUAAUACUAUUACUCCACCACCAUCAACAACAACUAGAACUACUACUUCACCUAAUACUAAUAAUAAUACAGGAAGUGGUACACAAGUUGAUUUUAGAUCAAAUUUAAAGAAAAAGACAGAAGAUCAAUCAAAUACUUCACCACCAUCUGUUCAAGUUGUACAAGAUAAAAAGAAUGAAAUUCCACCAUCAAAACCAUCCAAUCCACCUCCAUCUACUACUGCUACUACUGGUGGUGGAGGAGUUCAACAAGUUGAUUUUAGAUCUCAACUCAAAAACAAAACAUCAAAUACUACUACUCCAACUUCUACUACUACACCAGUAACAACACCACCACCUAUUAAAUCAACCACAACUACAACACCAGUAACAACAACACCACCAUCAUCUGUAUCAUCAACACCUUCUACUCCAACAAGUGGUGCUGCUGUUACUGCUAAUAGUGCUGGUGAAGCUCAACAAGUAGAUUUUAGAUCAAUUUUAAAGAAGAGAAAAGAAUAA